CAUCCUAAAACACGGAAAGAAAGAAGGAAAAAAAACCCUCGAGACAUUGAAGAUCUUCUCGUCCCUGUGAUCUCUCUGCCUCAAUACUUACUAGAUAUAGAUAUGGAAAACAACAAGGUGGCGGAGGCUAAAUUUGAGGAGGCUCCAACGUGGGUUUGUUGGGACAUUGAGAACUGUCCGAUUCCCAAGGGUUGCAAAGCCGAGGAGAUCUCUCAGAAGAUAAGCUCGGCGUUGAGUAAGUUGAACUACCGUGGUCCAAUCUCUAUCUCUGCCUAUGGCAACAUGAAUCACAUUCCUCCUUCCGUCAAGAAAGCUCUCUCUUCCACUGGAGUUGUUCUUAAUCACCUCCACAUCAACUCCAGAGGCCACUAUAUUUUCGACAAAUUAUCGGGUUGGGUACAUAAUCGAACUCCAGAUCCAGCAAAUUUAAUGGUCAUCUCCCGUGACGAAUCUCUAUCUUAUUUUCUUAGCAAAUGGCAGACGGAUAAACGCAACGUUCUUCUAGCACAUCCUCCUAAUCCUUCGGACUCAUUCGUGGCUUCUGCAAAGACCACAUGGCUGUGGAAUAGCUUGUGUAAGAACCUUACAUAAGCCAGCAAAAUACCCUAAUUCUCUUUCAUUUUCAUAACUGUUCACAAUGCAACUCUAAGGCACUGUAACAGUUUGACACAAAUAAAAACCAUUAUAUUUUGAAAGGAGGUUUUUGAGUUAAUAGUGAAUAUUUAUCAUAACAGUUGUC